AUGAAUGAGUACAAAGGAUACAUUGAUACAUGGGAUGCAAUAUAUAAAUUGGACACAAAUGAAAUAGACUCAACAGCCGGAUUAUACGAAGAAAUCAAAAAUAACUUGAUUGAUACUGGAUAUUAUACAGCAAUAGAGAUGAUUUAUAUGUUAACAGUAAUUGGUCAAACAAGUUUUCAUUAUCCUCAUGCGUACCUUGAGUUAAUUAAUAGAAUAUAUGAAGAAUAUCAUAUUGUUGAAGAUUAUUUAAUCCCAGUGAUGACAAAAAAACUUGAGAUUAAAAUAAAUACACCCGAAUAUGCAAUAUUAUAUGAUAAUGCAGAUAAACUAUUGUAUCACUUGAAAAGUGGAAAACUUGAUCUCAGUGAGCUACUUGAAAAAUGUUGUUUGAGAGGAGCUAUUAACUGUUUCAAGUUAUUAAGAAAAGAAUUUGAUGUGGAAAUUAGCAAAGGCUGUCUUGAUUAUUCUUUUAAGGGAAGCAAUCAAUAUAUCAUACAAGAGUGUUUGAAGGUGCAAAAACCUGAUGAAACUACAAUGAUUGCUGCUAUUUCAUCUCAUAAUAUUAACAAUUUUUUACACUUGUUUAAUGAAUAUGAAUUUUAUGAUUGGAUUUAUAGGGCUGCUGAUUUUGAAAACCUUCACGCAUUUAUUAUAUAUUUAAAUGCAACUAAUAAUGUGAAUGAAUGCUUUGUACUAUCUCCAAAAUUCCAUAUUCCAGCUCUUUGUGAAUAUUUGAUUGCAAAUGGUGCAGAUAUUAAUUAUUGGGGUCCAAAUGGUAUUACAGCUUUAGAUAAUGCAAUAAUUGCAAAUCAAACAAAAAUUGCAUCGGUUUUGAUUUUAAAUAAAAUUAGUAUUGUUGAAACUUAUCUUAAAAAAGCCAUUAAAAAAUAA